CCGAUCGCAGUUAUAUAGCAAUAUUCAAGCAAUCAACAUCGCCGCAGAACAGAGAUGCUUGAAAUUACUUUGACCCUGGUGCUGGUGCUUGUGGGCGUCGUCUAUGUAUUUAUGACAUGGAACUUUGGCUACUGGCAGAAGCGAAAUGUUCCCGGUCCGAAACCGAAGAUCUUUACUGGAAACUAUCCCAAUAUGUACACAAUGAAGAAGCAUGUAAUCUACGACAUUGAUAAAAUAUAUCGUGACUACAAACAGCAAUAUGAUGCCGUCGGCGUUUAUGGUGCAAGGAGUCCUCAGUUGAUGGUCAUUAGCCCUGAGUUAGCCCGACGUGUUUUCGUCUCAGAUUUUAAGAGUUUUCAUGACAAUGAAAUUUCCCUCAUGAUCAAUGAAAAGACCGACUUUAUAUUUGCGAACAAUCCAUUCUCCCUGGUGGGUGAAGAGUGGAAAAGCCGGAGAGCUGACGUCACUCCUGGACUAACACCAGGUCGAAUAAAGACUGUCUAUCCGGUUACUAAUGAAGUUUGUUCGAAAAUGUCCAACUGGCUGGAGAAGCAAAUACAAGUAGCUCCUCCAGACGGAAUCAAUGCCAAAGAUUUGUGUCUGCGCUUCACCACUGAAAUGGUCACUGAUUGUGUUUUGGGUUUGAAGGCGGAAAGUUUCACGGAUAAGCCUACACCUAUUAUGGGUCACAUCAAGGAUCUCUUCACACAGCCUUGGACCUUCUUAUUAUACUUUGUCUUAAUUAGCACCUUUCCAGCACUGCGGGCAUUGAUCAAGCUACGCUUCAUACCGCUAGCCACCGAAAAAUUUUUUGUUAGUCUCAUGCAAGGAGCAAUUGAUGCCCGACGUGCUCAGCUGUCUGCUGGAAAGCAAUUUGAACGCGUGGACUUCCUUGACUAUAUUCUACAAUUGGCCGAGAAAAGGAAUCUGGACACACGCCGUUUGACUGCUCACACCAUGACAUUCCUCUUGGAUGGUUUCGAAACAACAGCUGGCGUGUUGAGUCAUCUCCUGAUGCUGCUGGGACGGGAUCAACAGGCACAACAGCGUUUACGGGAAGAGAUUAAGGCUCAUCUGAACACUCAAGGUGUCGUUGAGUUUGACAAGCUCAAUGAGUUGCCCUUCCUGGAUGCUUGUGUUCAGGAAUGCAUUCGCCUUUUCCCACCUGCCUUCAUGUCCAAUAAACUUUGCACUGAGACCAUUGAAUUACCCAACAAGAACGGUGAUAACUUUACAGUGGAGCCUGGCACCACUGUAAUUGUGCCCCAUUAUUGUUUCAUGGUGGACGAAGAGCACUUUCCCAAUCCACAGGAAUUCCAGCCUGAUCGCUUCAUGCAACCAGAUGCUGCCAAAAUGUAUCGAGAGCGUGGCGUCUUCAUGGGAUUCGGCGAUGGUCCACGCAUCUGCAUUGGUAUGCGCUUUGCUUUAGCUCAAAUCAAGGCAGCCACCGUCGAGUUACUAACCAAAUUCGAUGUUCAUGUCAAUCCGAAGACUCGCAAAGACAAUUCGUUCGAGCCCACAUCUUUGAUUACGACUCUUGAGGGUGGCAUUUGGUUGGAUUUCAAGCAACGACAACCUCAACUAUUUACUGGAAACUAUCCGCACAUGUAUAAUAUGAAGAAACAUAUGAUCUGUGAUAUCGAUAAUAUUUAUCGUGAAUAUAAGGAAAAGUAUGAUGCUGUUGGCAUUUAUGGAGCAAGAACCCCACAGUUGUUGAUUAUUAAUCCGGGCUUAGCAAGGCGUGUCUUUGUAUCAGACUUUAAGUACUUCCAUGACAACGAUGUGUCUGUUUUGGUCAAAGAAAAGGAUGACUUUAUGUUUGCCAACAAUCCUUUCUCGCUUGCCGGCGAUGUGUGGAAGCAGCGUCGAGCUGACAUUACGCCUGGACUAGCACCAAGUAGAAUCAAGGCUGUCUACCCAGUUACCAAGGAGGUUUGCUGGAAGCUAACUCAUUGGCUGACCAAGCAGCUGCGUCUCGGAGCACCUGAAGGCAUCAACGCCAAGGAUAUGUGCCUAAACUUUACUUCCGAAAUGGUAACAGACUGUGUGUUGGGUCUGAAGGCGGAAAGCUUCUCGGACAAUCCCACGCCCAUCAUGGGCCACAUCAAAGAUCUCUUUCUGCAGCCCUGGACUUUCCUGGUGUACUUUUUGCUAAUCACCGCGUUCCCAAUGCUGCGGCCCUUUUUCAAGUUGCGCUUCAUAGCCGUGAAAACCGAACGUUUCUUUGAGGACCUAAUGCAGGCUGCUAUUGAUGCUCGCCGUGCACCAGACUUCCUUGACUAUCUCAUACAGCUGGGCAAGAAAAAGAAUAUGGACACACGUCAUCUGACCGCCCACACAAUGACCUUUCUGUUGGAUGGCUUCGAGACAACAGCUGGCGUCUUGAGUCAUUUGCUGUUGCUGCUCGGACGUGAUGAACAGGUGCAGCAACGCCUGCGAGAGGAGCUUGUGGCUCAUCUUAAUGCUGAGGGCGUUAUCGAGUUUGACAAGUUGAACGAACUGCCCUUUUUGGAUGCAUGUGUUCAGGAGAGCAUUCGAAUCUUUCCACCCGGUUUCGUAUCGAAUAAAGUGUGCACUGAGUCAAUCGAACUGCCGAAUAACACUGGAGAGAACUUUACUGUGGAACGUGGCACAACUGUGAUUGUGCCACACUACUGCUAUAUGAUGGAUGAGGAUAAUUUCCCCAAUCCCGAGGCAUUCCAACCCGAUCGGUUUAUGCAGCCUGAUGCGUUGAAAACAUUUCGCGAACGUGGCGUCUACAUGGGCUUUGGUGAUGGUCCUCGCAUUUGUCUAGGCAUGCGCUUUGGUCUCGCACAGAUCAAGGCAGCUGUUGUUGAAUUGAUCUCCAAGUUCGAUGUACGCGUCAAUCCCAAGACUCGCAAGGACAACAUGUUCGAACCCUCAUCCUUUCUCACUUCGCUGGAAGGCGGUAUCUAUUUGGACUUUAAGGCUCGUCAAUAGAGUAAUGAAGCUUUAUAGGAGCAGAUUGUGCAGAUUAGAUAAAACAACAAUGAAUGGGCCACAUUUACGCACAAUGAUAAGCUGGUUGUUAUUUUGUUAUCAAAUUGGGGGCACGUUUUCAGCUAUCUGGCUAC